AUGGUAUUGACAUCGAUUGCGCACGCAGGAUUGGAAAAUUUGUCACAGGGACCUUAUUUCCGAUGGAAUGUAGAACUGACCUCAGCCGAGAUUGAAGAGGCUGAGAGUUACAUUCAUGCAGUGAUCAGCGAUGAAGGUCCUUUUGAUGGAGUAAUGGGGUUCAGUCAAGGCUCUUCACUCCUGGCCUCGAUACUUCUCAAACACGAAAUAGAACAUCCUAAGCAAGCCCCGCCAUUCCGAUUCGCGAUUCUCUUUUCCUGCUUUCUUGUCAUCAGCUCCGAUCCCACAUUUGCGCAGAAGUACUACGAAAUUGGUGAGAAAGAGCACAUUGAGACGGUGCUAGCAGGCUUACAGGUGGGAGAUUCGCCCCAGGACAUAGAUGGUACUAUAGGGAACGAUGUCAAAGAGGGACAGAAGGGGAAGAAGGAAGUGAAAGCACCAACCCACAAGAUCGAACUGAUCAGCCGGAGUAAGAGGGCGGCGCUCGUAGGGGAGAUUGUAGAUGCCGUCGCUUCGUCGGUAAGAACUUCAGCGAGAUUCCACAAUGAAGUCAGCCACGUCCCUACAGAUACGAACGGUGGACUAGAGUCCUUUCCGAGAGUCUAUCACCCCGCAAUCAUGAGCGAAAGAAUCCAAAUUCCAACAGUACACAUCGUGGGGAGAAAUGAUCCUUUCUUGAAACAAACGGUCAUUGCAAAAAAGCUCUGGGAGAAGAAGAGAAUGCGUUAUGUGGAACAUUCGGGUGGCCAUGAUACGCCGCGGACGGAAUUUGAUGUUAGGGCCGCCGUCGCUAGUGCCCGAUGGGCUAUUCAGCAAUCUGAGAUCUUCCAAAGCAGGUGGUACUCUCAUUGA